CGUCUCGAGAGAGAUCUAGGCGAGAUUAGAUGUGUCUCUAGAAACUUCCAUCGUUCCAUCCUUAGCUGUUCUUCUCUCCUAUAAAUACCAGGUAUGUCCAUUUCGUCUUUCCCACUCCAAGAAGAGGAAAGCAUUUGCAAGCGAGAGCAUCAGUCCAACAAUCAAUCACCAAACGUCCUUGAAUCAUCUAACGGCAGCAGAAGAAGCAGGGUACAAUGUCGCUCAUCCCAAGCUGGUUCGGCGGCCGUCGCAGCAGCGUCUUAGACCCUUUCUCUCUCGACCUCUGGGACCCCUUCAAGGACUUCCAUUUCCCUUCCUCCUCCCUUUCCGACUCUAAUUUCCCUCAAGCUCUCCGGGAAAACACUGCCUUUGUCAAUACGAGGAUCGACUGGAAGGAGACCCCAGAAGCUCACGUGUUCAAGGCGGAUCUCCCUGGGCUCAAGAAAGAGGAAGUCAAGGUGGAGAUCGAAGACGAUCGGGUGCUCCAGAUAAGCGGCGAGAGGAACGUGGAGAAGGAGGACAAGAACGACACUUGGCACCGGGUGGAGAGGAGCAGCGGGAAGUUCAUGAGGAGGUUCAGGUUGCCCGAGAAUGCGAAGAUGGAUCAGGUGAAGGCCUCGAUGGAGAACGGAGUGCUCACCAUCACUGUCCCGAAGGCGGAGGAGAAGAAGCCUGAGGUCAAGGCCAUCGAGGUCUCUGGUUGAAUAAUCGGCUUUUGUGUCCCAUAAUGUUCGGCUUUCUGUGAAUGAGAGUAAUUUGGGAUGAUUUUUCUAUCUAUAAUUAAUCUAUAUGAUGUGAGAAGCUGUGGGUGUGUGACCGUGUAAUCAAUGUGUCAUCUCUGUUUAUCAUAUCAUAUGGUACUUUGGUCAGGCCAUGAUGAGGCAGUUGGAUAUGAAUAAUCUUUCAUAA